AUGAGUCAAGCGGGUGCUGGAAAUGGGCCCGGCAAUGGUAAUCCACCAUCGGGACCUGUCUCACAGCAACCUCAAUCAGGGCCGGAUUCGACGCAGUAUUCGGGAUAUUUCGCACAAUCAGGCGGUGGACCGCCAGGCGGGAAUGGACCACAACCGAACAACGGUGGCCCUCCAUCAUCCGGUUAUGCGAGUUCCGGACCGAUGCCGAAUUCGUAUGGUGCACCUCAAUCGGGUGGUCGAGGAGGCAUGCACGAAGGUCAAGGAGUGCCACCACCGUUGAUGUCGAAAGGAAGCGGAUAUGAUCCGUAUGAUAGUGGUGAUAGUCGAGGAGGUGGCGGUCAUGGAAUGGGCGGUGGAUACGGCGGAGGAGGCCCUGGUGCAGGAGGAGGAGGAGGUCUGCUAUGCUUCAUUUCAAUCCACUUUCAAAAUAUCCCAACAAAAAUUCAGUUUAAUCAAAUUUAUCCAAAAGGCUCUUUUUGGAAUUCAGUUUGCCAUUUCUUAGACAAAGGUUUACAAGAUUCGAUAUCCGUUGAUUAA